GAAAAAGAGCCCCGCCGCUGUGGGACGUGAGAUAUGAAUGUGACGGUGUCUGGUGGGACUGCAAGAAACCUGCCUAAUUCGAGGUUAUGGAUAUCAGAUAGACACAAAGUCCCUCUCUUAAUGGCAUGAGCUUGGAGAGGAGCGAUGGAUGCCCAAACCCAAUCCAAACCCAACCAGACCUUCAACCUGGGCCUGGAUGACUUGGAGGACUACCUCCAGCAGCGCGACUCCAACUCAGUAUGGCUCCUAGUGGCUACCAUCCUCUCUUGUGGAUGGAUCAUCUACCUGACCUACUACAACUCCCGGAACAUCGGCCUCAUCCUCACUCUCAUCAUCAACAAGCUCUACAAGAAGGGAUACAUCCACAUCGGCUCAUUUUCCUUUUCUGUGCUGUCGGGAAAGGUCAUGUUCCGAGAUGUUUACUACAUUGAUGAAGACAUGUCCAUCAGAAUUCAAGAUGGCCUUCUUAUAUUUCGCUGGUGGAAAAUGUACAACCCCAAACAAAAACAACAUGACCCCAAAGCAGAGACGCGUCUGUAUGUGACGGUGAACGGUUUUGAGUUCCACGUGUACAACCGUACGGACCUGUACGCACGUCUGCAAGAGACCUUUGGCCUGGAACCCACACUGUCCUCCCCCACCAGAGAUGAGGAGAAGGGCCGGGAGGAGACCCUGGACAGUGUCAACAUCCAAGCUGAGACCCAGGACCCCUCAUCAUCCUGGAGGUCUCUCAUCCCUGUAGUCAAAUUCAACAUCAGCACCGGCCGCAUUGCGUUCGGUAACCACCACCUGCCCCAGACCCUGUGCAUGCACUUUGACGAUGCCUUCCUCACCUACACCACCAAGCCUCCCAGCAGCCACCUGGACCAGUUCAUGCACAUCGUCAAGGGCUCGCUGGAGAACGUCAGGGUCAUGCUGGUGCCCAGCCCGCGCUACCUGGGCCUGCAGAACGACGAGCCUCCAAGACUCAUGGGAGAAGGCUUCGUGGUCCUGCAGUCCAAUGAUGUGGACAUCUACUACUACCAGGAUGUUCCAGGGUUGGUUCCCGAGGAGCAGGACUCUGACGUGUGCUCGGAGGGAACUCAGCUGCAGGACCUGCCACCCUGCUGGGGCCUGGACAUUGUCUGCGGCAAGGGGACCGACUUCAACUACGGACCCUGGGCAGACAGACAGAGGGAUGCACUAUGGAAGUUCUUCCUGCCCGCUGACUUCCAGACCAUGAAGGUGAGCGAGAUGGCCACCCCGGGCAAGCCGCGCCAGACCCUGGCCUUCGAACUACGCAUGAACAUCAUCGCAGACGCCACCAUAGACCUGCUCUUCACCAAAAACAGGGAGACGAAUGCCAUCCACGUGAACGUCGGAGCGGGCUCAUAUCUGGAAGUCAACAUUCCGUACACAGUCGGAGAAGAUGGCUACUCUACCACCAUUAAAGGACAGCUGUUACACGUGGACACGACCAGCAGCAUGCAGUACAGAACACUGCUGGAGGCUGAGAUACUGCUGUUCAAUGUGAAGGCCAGCUACCCUCGCGUGUGGAACAUGCCGCAGUCCUGGCAGUGCGAGAUCGAGGUCUACAAGGCCACAUAUCACUUCAUCUGGGCACAGAAGAACUUCUUUUCUGACCUCAUCGAGGAUUGGGCCAGUGACAGCGAGCCUGACAUCUAUUCGUUCGUCCCGUAUUCCUGGAAGUUCAAGAUCCUCUUCCACCAGUUUGAGAUGAUCUGGGCUGCCAACCAGCACAACUGGAUAGACUGCUCCACCAAACAGCAGGAGAACGUCUAUCUGGCUGCGUGUGGAGAGACUCUGACCAUUGACUUCACUCUGCCCUUCAUUGAGUUUGUCCCCACCACCUGCAACACCUGCUUCCGAUUAAGGGCGGAGGACACGGAUAUGCGCCUGUCCCUGCCGGACUGCCACCCUAGCCGCUACUCCAUGCUGACGCUGGCUAAGGACUACCAGGGGAUGCGCGCCCCUGACAACUCCAUGCCCCCCGAGGGCACACAGGGGGCCCCGCCCAAGCCCAGCAAGGCUCGCUGGAGGAACAUCACGCACGCUGAGGCGGGCUGGAUAGACUGCUGGAGUGUGCCAAACUUCCUGCUCAUCAUGGACUACACGUGGCACCCCAUCUACCCCCAGAAGGCAGACCAGCAGCUCAAGCAGUCCCUGUCUGAGAUGGAGGAGUCGAUGUUGUCAGCGCUGCGUCCCCCGGAGCAGUCGGCCCCCACGCCCCCUCCCCCACGCGUGACCUCCGACCCCAGCGAGCUGCCGCCCGACCGGCUGCACGUGGAGAUGGAGCUCGGUCCCGAGUCGCACAUCGCCCUGUACGGACCCCUGCUCAAGGCACUGCUGUCUAUUAAGGAGAACUACUUUGGCGAGGACGACAUGUACACGGACUACGAGGAGUGUGUGUCGAGCCCCGUGCUGAGCUCCUGCUCCUCCUCCUCCGGGUGGGGGGGCGCCGGCGAGGAGAAGGAGGCGCCUCACCCCCUCUCACUACGGCCCUGGGACAUCACCGUGCUCAUCAACCUGCACAGGGUGCACGGACGCCUACCCACGCAUUGCAGUAGUGAUGGUCCUGAGGGGCCUACAGGCUUCAUGGAGCGCCUGUGUUUCGAGAUGAAGAAGAGCUACAAGGAGACCCUACUGCAGCUGGUGCUCUCACCUGUACACCUCUUCGUUAGCGACAACUACCAGCGCCCCUCUGUGGACGCGGUGCUGCGUGACGGCCACCUGAGCUUGUCAGGGCUGCAGAUGCGCGCCCACGCCAUGUUCUCGGCCGAGGGCCUGCCCGCGGGCAGCGACACGCUGGAGUACGCCUGGCUCAUCGACAUGCAGGCCGGCGCGCUCACUGGGAAAGUCACCGUGCCACAGUGUGCCUCUCUGCUGGAAUGGGGCGAGACGUUUGUGUUCCAUGUGAUGUCACGAGAGUUCCAGCUGGAGCAGCCAAAGACCUCAGUCAUCUGCCAGCACGGAGUGGACCGCAGAGUGUGUGAUGCCAAGUCAACAACUCUUCCAGGUCCUUGUCGGACAUCUGAGGACCUGAAGUACACCAUGACACGCCUGUCCAUGGACGGCAUUCAGCUCUUCAUGGUGGAGCAUGGCUGUGCUGCCAGCAUCAAGACUGGCGCUGUGCGUGUGGCCACGUGUAACCUGCACACGGCGGCGGUGGGCGAGGGCAUCAGCGCGGCGCUACAGGAAGUGGUCAUCAGCCAGUUCAUCGAGCAGCAGGAGGGCCCGCGCCUGGGCCUGCCGCCGCCCCUCCUCCGACGCUCCCAUUGGCUGGAGGCCGGCUCGGUGACCUUUAACCUCAUCACGGCAGACAUCGCCCUGGCGGCCGACCACGCGGCCAAGUUUGAGGUGCAGAGGAGCUUCCUGGAGCUACACGACGCGCAGACCAAGAGGCUCUGGUUCCUGUGGCCGGAUGAGAAGUUUAAGCGCAGCAGGAGUCGUUGUGGCUGCCUGGGAGGCUGCCGCUUCUUCGCCGGCUCCACGACGGGCCUGGACUUCUUUCGGCUGGAGGAGAUGACACCCUCCUCAAGCUCCGCCUUCUCCUGCACUAGCGGCGAGGCGGACAUGUGCUACGGCCAAUCACUGCUGCAGCCCGGGGAGUGGAUCGUCACCAAGGAGACGCCCAAACUCUCAGAGGCUAAGAGCGUGGGCGCGAUGCGGGACUCGUGUUCCCCGGCGCCGCUGGUGACCGGCGAGAGACAGCAGAGCCAGCAGCUGCUCAGCCUGCAGGUGCCGCAGCGCUCGCACAGCUCCGCCUCCUCCUCCACUGAGGAAAACUCCUCCUCCAGCGCCGCCCUGCCCCUAUUGGCUGGAGAGAGAGACAGCCCCACCCCCAGCACAGAGACCAUAACGUCCCCCCCGGAGCCCCCUCCAAGCGACUGCCCUGCACUGCGCUCCCCCAUCCGCUCCCCACUGAAGCGCCAGUCCUCCGUCCAGUCGGCACGCCUGGGCAGCACCAAGAGCCUAUCAGCUGCCGUCUUCGCCGAGAAGGCCACGCCUCCCUCGGGCGUGCAGUUCAGCAGCGAGGUCUCCCGUAGUGAUGAGAACGUUCUAGACUCGCCGCGUCAGCGUCGCAGCUACGGCUCGUUCCCCUUCACGCCCUCGGCCGACUCCAACACGUUCCACCAGUACCGCUCGGUCGACUCCUCCAUGUCCGUGGCUGACAGCGAGGCCUACUUCUCUGCCAACGAGGAGUUCGAGCCCAUCAGCAGUGACGAGGGGCCUGGCACAUAUCCAGGCCGUAAGAGGCGUCGUCGUCAGCAGCAGCACGGGCAGCAGCAGAUGAGCCAGCCCAUGAUGAUGGACAUGCAGAGCCUGCAGAGCCGCACCUCCAUCUACCACAGCGUGGAGGGCCCUCUCUCCAUGGCCUCCUCCUCCGAGCACCGGCCUCCUCUCCCCUUACCCAGCCACACCUCGCAGGCCUCCUUCGUCUCCGCCCUGGGCCUGGAGGAGGAGGUGGUCUCCGUAGAGACAGAGCGAGGGGGCGACACGGGCCUGCUCACCACGCAGCCCCACCUCAUGGCCUGUUACCAUAGCUACCUGGCGCACUACCAGGUGGCCAACUGGUCCGUCAAGCAGCCCACCAAUAAGAGGACGUCCAAGUCAUCUCUGCACCGGCCGCUGGAUUUUGACACGCCCACCAGCGAGGAGAGCUCCACCUCUUUUGACCAGCUGUCUAUCCCCUCGUUUAAGAUGGUGAAGGCUGGGCUUUCUGCCAGCUCCUUGUUGGACAGAGGAGUGCAGAUGGGGGACUCCAGCAGCAGUACGCCUUACACUCCCUUGGACAAGCGUGCAAUGGACAACACGGAUGAGGAGACGACAACGGAGGACUGGACGGUAGACCAGCCGCUGUCCCAGACGCGCACCACCGCCAUCGUGGAGGUCAAGGGGGCCGUCAACGUUGUCCUUACACCCCUGGUGGCUGAGGCUCUCGACAGGUACAUUGAGUCCAUGGUGCACUUUGCGAGUAUUCGCCACCCUGCCUCCAUCCUGGAUGACUUGCACGGGAGAGUGCUGAACGAGGCCUACCAGUUCAGCAAGUCCAGCCUCGCAGAGGCGAGCCAGCCGAAGCCAGAGCACAAGCUGUCCAAGACUGAAACCCCUGCCUCCAUGACCACCACGCACGGCCAAACAGACCUGUCAGUCAAGCCAGACAACGUCAAAAUAAAGGGUCUCCAGGCCAACGUCACCGUACCCAAGGUGAACCUUUGUGUGCUGCAGGCAUCAGUAGAGGAGGGCUCUCUCACCAGCAAGAGUGUCACUCACGUCUCCCUCGUGGCCCUCUGCUUCGACAGGAUCGGAACACAGUUCCGCAUGAACAGGGGUAUUGUGGAGGAUACAGAAAAGACCUUGGUGAUGAUGGAGAAGUUCUCGUCCAAGAUGGCUCCCCAGUCGAGUGGCUCGCUGCGUUCCAACGCCGGAGUGGAGAAGGGCAAAGAGAUCGCAGCACGCCUCAACGUACACCGCAUACACGGCCAGCUACGAGGCCUCGACUCAUCAGACCUCGGGGCCUGCACCAUCACGGCCAUCCCGUUUGAGAAGUCCAAAGUGCUGUUCAGCCUGGAGGAGACGGAUGACUUCGCCCUGGUGGACGAGACGGAGCCGCCCAUUACCACGGAGCAUGUGACUGACCAGACGCCCGAGCACGCCCGUGCCGGCGCACAGGAGAAGUGGGGCUGGAUCAUGUUCGAGUGCGGCAUCGAGAACCUCACCGUCAAGGGCGGUCGUCAGUCGGGGGCCAUCCUGUACAGUGCGUUUGGCGUGAUGGGCGGUAACGACGGCUGCGUGAAGGGUGGGGCCUCCAAGUCCAACGGCUCCAGCGGCUCGCAGACGGGCAGCGGCUACAGCACCGACGUCUCUGACGACAACCUGCCCAACGACGCCCAGAGCCCCAACUCCGAGCCCAACGUCAACUCUGACUCCGACGAGCAGGAUGAAGGGGUGGAGUCUGACGACCUGAAGAAGGACCUCCCCCUGCUGCCCCCUCCCCCUGACUCCAGCAGCAUGAAGCUCACCCUCAAGGAGAUCUGGUUCAGCUUCGCCGCCCCCACCAAUGUACACUCCCCCGCACAGGCCAGCAGGCAGUUAAAUUUGCUGAGCACGGCCACUCCGGCCAUCGGUGCGUGGCUGGUGCCCAUCGACCAGCUGAAGUCCUCGCUGCAGAAGAUGGAGAUGGAGACCACCCUCAGGGUGUGUGCCGUCAUGGGCUGCAUCAUGACAGAGGCACUGGAGAAAAAGAGCAUCCACAUCCCGAUCCGCAGCAAGUAUAACCGCGUGACCAAGCGCGCUCGCUUCCUGCACGAGGACCCAUCCUGCCUGCUGUGCAACAUCCUCCACAGAUACCUGGAGCAGGCCGACUACGCCAUCAUAGAAGAGGCCACUAUGAAUGACGGUCUGCCGGCGCUGGUGACCCUGAAGAAAGGCCUGGUGGCUCUGGCCCGCCAGUGGAUGAAGUUCAUCGUGGUGACGCAGGGCUUCAAGGCCAUCCAAGGCCCCAUCAGGCCCAGUCAGCUGCCCAAGCCCAAAGAGCCCGCCCCCUUCCCUCCCGAGCCCACCCUGGGGCCCGACUGCACCAACAUCCAGAGCGACACCAGCGCUGAUGGAGCCGAGUUUGAGUUCGAUGCUGAUAUGCAAAGAGCUAUAUCUGAACUGAAACCAUGGGGUGCAGUGAGUGAGCACACCAUGCUGCUAGAGGGGGUGUGUAGCCGGCCAGCCCAGACAGGAAACAAUGCUCCUGUCAGCGGUGUGGAGAUCAUGAGGAAACUCUCCAAGUCUCACGCUCACAGCGAGUCAGCUCUCAGGAUAAAGGGCUCGCACCCGUACCAGUCUCUGAGCUACACCAGUGGAGACACGGCGGCCGACUCUCCCGCCCACGUCAGCCGGGCAGGCAUGCCGCCCAACCACAGCCCCCGAAAGGAGUCGCUCCUCAGCUACCUCACGGGCAGCUUCCCCAGCCUGCACAACCUGCUGGAGGCCACGCCCCCUCGCGUCAGUGACGUGACCGCCGCCAAGAGCACCUCCCUCACACGCACAGGUAACAGUGUGGGUGCGGAGGUGCUGACAGAGCAUCCUCUGCUGGCGGAGCCUUCCCCGGUCAGUUUCUACAACUGGAUGUCCAACGCCGUGGGCAACCGCACCGGGGGAGGGAACUUACAGGAGUCCCCCCUGAACCGCCCAUCACAACACAACAGCCUGCAGACUGGAGGAGUUCUGCCCACCAUUCCUUCGGCGUCAGACUUCAACACGGUCUUGUCAAGUGACCAGAACACCCUGGACACGCACUCCCAGCACACCCACACCCACUCACAGCACAGCACCAGCCAGGAAGACCUGCUGGAGCCCGACGACCCGAUCAACCAGUGCCCUGCCGCUGUACAGCUCGCAGACGCUCAGGUUGUGUUUAAGCCGCUGCUGAGCCACACGGGUAUCCAGCCACAGGACGCUCCCCCCUUCAGCUACAAGAUGUACUUUGGGGAGCACCUGUCCUUCAGCGGCACCCUGGAGUGCCUCAGGGCCGACAUCGUGGACUCCGACACCAGCAAGGACCGCAAGAACAAGCGCGCCCGCAAACAAGGCAUGGUGAACCUUCCCCCGCUGGAGUUCAAGCCGGCCCUGAUGAUCGAGACGUUCAGCCUGAACGCGGUGGUGCUGGAGAAGUGCAUGUCCUCCUCCGGCGGCCCGCCCGGCCUCGCCUUCCACGAGCUGAGCCGGCGCCCGCACGCCAGCGUCCACUGCCACUUCACGCUGGCGUGCCAGGCCAUCCGCCAGCACGUGGACAUGGCCCUCGUGCGCCUCGUCCACCAGUUCAGCACCAUGAUCGACGAGAUCAAGGCCACGCAGACCGACAUCAAGCUGAACCGCUACACUGCCGGGUCGGCGUCCCCGACGCCCACGUUUAAGGCCAGGCCCUACCGGCAGUUCCGCUCGUCAGACUUUAGCCGUAGCAGCCGCGGGAGCCUAAACGGGACCAUGUCCCGGCACACGGGGCAGAAGGCCAAACGCGCCGGCACGGGCAACUCCGGUGCGGGUGUAACAAGCAGUGUCGGUAUGCCGAUUCCUGGGGCGGGUGGAAUUGGAGGAGGAGGAAUGGGAAUAGGAGGGGGGUCGGGAGGAGGGGUGAGCUCCAGCUCGGGCAUCCCGGGCCUGGACACUCUCCCGAGACGCGAGCCACGCAGUGGGCGCAACACCCUGAGCCGUGGGGAGCGGAGGACGUCAAAGGUGUCGCGGAAGGGGUCGCGUGACGUGGCCGACCACAUGACCAUCCAGAUGGACGACUCAGACUCCAUCACGGUGUCGGAGCAGAGCGAGCCCUCGGCCGAGUGCUGGCAGAACAUGUACAAGCUGCUCAACUUCUACUCACUCAUCUCCGACCCCACCGGCAUACUGGACAAGGAGGCUGCCGACAACGGACUCUCAGACGGUGGGCGCAGUCCGACAGAUGUCCCAUGCCGUUUGGUCAUCGAGUCGGAGGGCGAGUCUCCGCCUAGCCGCCCCUCGGGCCGCCGGCGAAGCCUGGGGGGCAGCGAGCCGCACCACGUGACCCUGAUUGUGUUUGGGGUGGGCAUGGUGAACCGCACCCACCUGGAGGCAGACAUCGGGGGCCUCACCAUGGAGGCCGAGCUCAAGAAGAUACACGGCAGCUUCACACUCAAGGAGAAGAUGAAAGAUAUCCUGCAUCAGAAGAUGACAGAGACGUGCGCCUCUUCUCACAUCGGAGGGGUCAACAUUGUCCUACUGGAGGGCAUCACACCAGACAUCCAGACGGUGGUGAAGUGCAACAUUGCCAAGUCCCAGGCCCUGUACAGCGCCCAGCGGGGGCUGAAGACCAACAACGCGGCGGUGUGCAAGGUGGGCGCUAUCCUCAUCAACAUCCCCCAGCACCCGGCCACACUGCACAGCAUGAUGGUCCGCAUCUCACACCAGCUCUCCAAGCAGAUCUCCGACCUCAUACGACAGCCUUCCAGCACGCCGCCUCCGAACCGCGAGGACACCCCGACCCCCCAGCCCUCGGACAAGACGUCCAGCAUCAACCAGACGCCGGUGGAGGCCAACGAGUUCCCGCAGCUGCCGGAGGGCCUGGAGAAGAAACCCAUCGUGCUCAAGUUCAGCGCCAUGUUGGACGGCAUCACCAUCGGAGCCGCGCUGCUGCCCUCGCUUAAGGCAGAGUACAAGAUGGGACGCAUGAAGAGCCACGGCAUGACCGGUGCCCAGACGCGCUUCACGUUCGAGCUGCCGAGCCACAAGCUGUGCUUCCAGUCCAAGGUGCCGCCGGUGGAUGCGGCGUCUGCCAUGCCGCCCUCCGCCAGCCUGACGCUUCCUCCCGUCACCAUGUCGGGAGAGUACAUCAUCCAGGAGCACGAGGGCCACAGCGAACGUGAACACAUCUGGGCCCCCGAGGAGAUGCCCACCAAGCACGGCAACUACCUACAGGGCAACUACCUGCGCUGCGUGGCAGAGAUCGGGUCCUUCGAGCACAACCUGACCACAGACCUCCUGAACCACCUGGUGUUCCUGCAGAGGGUGUUCAUGAAGGAGGUCAACGAGGUUAUCCAGAAGGUCUCAGGUGGAGAGCAACCAAUCCCACUUUGGAACGAGCACGAUGUGUCCACUGAUGGAGAUAAGCCCAAGAUCUUGCUGUACUCUGUCAACCUCAUGUUCAAGGGCAUCCAGGUCACUGCCACUACCCCGUCCAUGCGUGCCGUGCGCUUCGAGACGGGUCUGAUUGAGCUUGAGCUGUCCAAUCGGAUCCAGUGCAAGUCAACGCCCACAGGAAGUAGCUACCUGAAGCUCUUUGGCAAAUGUCAGGUGGACCUGCAUCUCGCACUUGGACAGAUUGUCAAACAUCAGGUCUACGAAGAGGCGGGAUCGGACUUCCACCACGUGGCGUACUUCCGCACUCGGAUUGGCCUGCGGAACGCCCUGCAGGAGGAGAUCAGCGGCUGCUCAGACAAGGAGGCGGUGCUCAUCACACUCAACCGGCCAAUCAUCUUCGCCCAACCUGUGGCCUUUGACAGGGCGGUGCUGUUUUGGCUGAACUACAAGGCGGCGUACGACAACUGGAAGUCGGAGAGCCUGAAGCUGAACUCGGACAUCCACGUGGCCACCAAGGAGGUGGUGGACAAGCUGCCAGCCAUCCAGCAGACCAGCGUGCAGGCCUUCAGUACACUGUUCCUGCAGCUCACUGUCAACGACCUGGGAAUAUGCCUCCCCAUCACCAGCACCACACCGGCCAACCACAGCAUAGACUUUGACACGGGCUCGGCCAUGGUGCUGACCAUCGAGAGCACCCUGAUCACGGCCUGCUCCUCCGAGUCCCUGGUCAGCAAGGGCCACUUCAAGAACUUCUGCAUCCGCUUUGCCGAGGGCUUCGAGACCUCCUGGGAUGACUGGAAGCCUGAGGUGCGCGGGGACCUGGUCAUGAACGCCUGUGUAGUUCCUGAUGGCACCUAUGAGGUUUGCUCUAAGACAACAGGACAACCAGCUGCAGACAGCAGCAGUGCGGGCAAGUGGACACUGAAUGUGUUGUGGAAGAUGUGCGGUAUCGACGUGCACAUGGACCCCAACAUCGGCAAGCGGCUGAAUGCGCUGGGCAAUACGCUAACUUCGCUGACGGGCGAGGAGGACACCGACGACAUGGCCGACAUCAACAACGCCAACAUGGCCGACCUGUCGGACGAGGACGAGAGCGACGGCAUCAUAUCGCCCACGCUGCACAUGCGUGGCGAGGGCGGCGGCCUCAGUCCAAGGGUGUCGUUCAGGAAGCGUCUGGUGGAGAGCCUGCUGGGUCUGAGCCCCACCCUGCCCCCCCGCUCCCCGGUGCUCGACUUUUACGACCGCCCCCCGACGCCCAUUAGCGCACGGCCCGUCGUCACCUUGCGAAAGCGCACGGGCAACGGGAAUGACAGGCCCCUUUCCUGGGGUUGUGAGCCCAUUGACCCGCGCCGUCAGGUGGUUAUGGGUAACCAGAUCAUAGACGCUCGUGGCAGGAAGUUCAACAAGAGGCUAGUGGACAUCAGGGAGCUGAACGAACAGGCCAAGGUCAUCGAUGACCUCAAGAAACUGGGGGCCAGCGAGGGCACCAUCAACCAGGAGAUUCAGAGGUACCAGCAGCUGGAGUCGGUGGCUGUCAAUGACAUCCGCAGGGAUGUACGCAAGAAGCUGCGACGCUCCAGCAUGCGGGCUGCAUCCUUGAAGGAUAAGUGGGGUCUGGGCUACAAACCCAGCAACAACAGAUCCAAGAGCAUCUCCGCCACCGGCGCCCGACCACCACCACCACCACUUCCAAAGAGGAUGGAGAGGCAGAGCUCCAGGUUGGGAGAGAUGGACGACCUUCCUGACAUUCGAGUGGAUGUUGCAUCCCCAGGACCACGUGUCACCUUUAACAUCGACACGACGGGAGAUGUCACUUUGGACAGCCCACUCCCUCUGAGUCCGGCUGACUCUGUCUUCAAGUUCCCGGAGGAGACAGAGGUGGAGCUGUUGUCCAUUGCCAUCGACGCCAACGACACAUCGCCAUCGUCGCCCCGUCACCCUUUCCCGCCGUCACCAUCCUCCCGCUCAGUGUUCAGUGCCCCUGGCACGCCCGCCGCACUCUCACCAAGCAGCCUUCCCUCCUUCCAGCACGACGGCGGCCGAGACCGCGACCGGGACAGAGACGAACUCUCCUCCUCUACCUCCGACGACUCGGACAAGGAGGAUGAUAUCGUUCGGGACCGGCCCUUCGGCUACUACACACGCCGGCCCAGCCCGUCCCAUAAGAAGGCAUCUGGCUUUGCCGCCCUGUUCGGCGCGUCCACCCCAUCUUCCACGCCGCAGCGCAGCAUCACGGCGCCCCCCGAGCGCAACAUCGACUUCGAGCUGGACGUGCGCGUGGAGAUCGACAGCGGCAAGUGUGUGCUGCACCCCACCACCCAGCAGCCGGAGCAUGACGACGUGGCAUCGCGCAGGAGUUGCGACCGCAGCUCUCGCUCGCUGGACCAGGAGUCGCCCCCUAAGCGGCGUAAGCUGCACCCCAGCUUCACCUCCACCUCCACGUCGCAGCUGCUGUCCAAGCGCAUGCCCGCCUCCCUGCAGAACAAGAGCGAAGUGGAGACCACCGUCUUCUACAUACCCGGCGUCGAUGUCAAGCUGCACUACAACUCCAAGCUCCUGAAGACAGAGUCUCCCAACGCCUCGCGCGGCUCCUCGCUGCCCCGGACGCUGUCCAAAGAGUCCAAGCUGUUUGGUAUGAGAGAGCUGCCCAGAGACAUCCCCAGCCCCCCCAUCUCCACCAACGCUACUGCCCCCCCUGGCAGGACUAACUCCCUUCACCCUCCCCCUCCCCCUCCUAUACCUUCAGGAGGCCCCAAAGCUAAGGGUGGCCUGGGUGUGAAGACGGCCAAGCUGUAUGCGUGGGUGGCUCUGCAGACCCUGCCUGAGGAGAUGGUCAUCAGCCCCUGCCUCCUGGACUUCCUGGAGAAGGCCCUGGAGACCAUCCCCAUCACACCCGUGGACAGGAACUACACAAACGUGAGCGCUCCAGAGGAGGACGUGGGCCACUUUGACUCGGUGGAGCCCUUGGAGGAGUCCCAGGUGUCUCUGGUCUCCUCCGCCACAUCCCCCUACUCCUCAUUCCCCGUCGACGUCGUCGUCUACGUCAGAGUCCAGCCGUCCCAGAUCCGUUUCAGCUGCCUGCCCAUGUCGCGUGUGGAGUGCAUGCUGAAGCUGCCGUCUCUGGACCUGGUCUUCUCCUCCAACCGUGGCGAGCUUGAGCCCCCCAGCACCACAGUGGGCCCCCACCCCCCUCCGCCCGACACUGCCAGCGCCCAGCACACGCCCUCCUCAACGCCGCCCUCGUACCACAACGCGCACCGCGUGCCGGGCAGCAAAGAGCCUUGUCUGGAUGGAGCUCAAAGUCAAAACACACAAGGAACUGCAGGUGCGUCGCCGUCCCUGGGCAGUCCUCUUGGGCGGAGCAGACACAGCAGCAGCCAAUCAGAUCUGACGGGUCCGCCACCCAACUCCUCAGGCCUCAGCUUCACCGCCUGCAUGUCGGACUUCUCCCUCUACGUCUUCCACCCUUACGGAGCCGGCAAGCAGAAGUCUGCCGUCACUGGCCUGCCUCCUGGGCCCGGGCCAUUGGGUGCAGUGGAUGAAGAGGCUUCCUCAGUGACAGGCAGGAAGGAUUCCCUGUCAAUCAACCUGGAGUUUGUGAAGGUCAGCCUGUCACGAAUGAGACGCACAGGAUGUCUCCCCUCCAUAGACACCUUCCUCAAGGGCGGCAAGAUGGACACCACGCUCAUCAACAUCUCUGCGGUGUGUGACAUUGGCUCUGCAUCGUUCAAGUAUGACAUGCGUCGUCUGAGUGAGAUCCUGGCCUUCCCCAGAGCCUGGUACCGCCGCAGCAUCGCCCGCAGGCUCUUCCUGGGAGACCAGACCAUCAAUGUGCCACCCUCUGGUCCCGCCACCCCCGACUCUGUGGAGAGUAUGGCCCAGCACCUGUCUCCAGAGUCCAGCCGUAAGGCCUACUGGAGGACCUGGGACGGCCAGAACUCCCACACCAAUGUCUUCAACGACUCCCCGUCCUCACACACACACCUCAAGUCCCCGGCCACCGGCCGCACACGCAGCGUCUCAGACUCCUCCGCACCGCGUAGAGACUCUGUGAGUAAAGCGUCCACUCCAUUCCGUAAUGCCAAGGGGCCUGGGCAGCAGGGCUCCCCCUGGGAGACGCUAGUGGUCUUCGCCAUCAACCUCAAGCAGCUCAACGUCCAGAUGAACAUGAGCAACGUCAUGGGCAACAACACCUGGACGACCAGUGGUCUGAAGAGCCAGGGCCGGCUGUCAGUGGGCAGCAACCGUGACCGUGAGAUCAGCAUGUCGGUGGGGUUGGGCCGCUCCAAACUGGACUCCAAGGGAGGAGUGGUGGGUGGAAACAUAGACGUCAACACCCUGGAGAUGGUCUCCCACAUCUCGGAGCACCCCAACCAGCAGCCGAGCCACAAGAUCCAGAUCACCAUGGGCUCCACGGAGGCGCGUCUGGACUACAUGGGCUCCAGCAUCCUCAUGGGCGUCUUCAGCAACGCAGACCUCCAGCUGCAGGACGAGUGGAAGGUCAACCUCUGCACCUCCGAGGCCACCAUGUCCGAGAAGAGUGAGAUCUUUGUCCACGGGGACCUGCAGUGGGACAUCUUCCAGGUGAUCAUCUCGCGCUCCACCACGCCCGACCUCAUCAAGAUCGGCAUGAAGCUGCAGGAGUUCUUCACGCAGCAGUUUGACACCAGCAAGCGUGCCCUCUCCACCUGGGGGCCCGUGCCCUACAUGCCCCCCAAGACGCCCGUCAUCAACAUCGAGAAGGGCGCCACCGAGUAUCUGGACGCGGCCCACCACCGCCACUGGCCUGGCGUGCUGAAGGUCAUCGCCGGCUGCCACAUCUCGCUCUUCCAGAUGCCCCUCCCUGAGGACGCCGUGCAGCUGGGCGGCUCCAUGAGUCUCCACGGCAACCACAUGACGCUGGCCUGCUUCCACGGCCCCAACUUCCGCUCCAAGUCCUGGGUGCUCUUCCACCUGGAGGAGCCCAACAUCGCCUUCUGGACCGAGGCGCAGAAGAUCUGGGAGGACGGCUCUAAUGACGACUCGACCUACAUAGUUCAGACUCUGGACUUCCACUUGGGUCACAACACCAUGGUUACCAAGCCGUGCGGCGCCCUGGAGAGCCCCAUGGCAACCAUCACCAAGAUCACGCGGCGGCGGCACGAGAACCCUCCGCACGGCGUAGCCACGGUCAAGGAGUGGUUCAACUACGUCACUGCCAUGAGGAAUGAAGAGCUGAACCUGCUGAGGAACGUGGAUGCCAAUAACGGAGAGAGUGGCGCGGUGGCCAAGAGCUCCAGCCUGCUCAGCAGCUUCCGCGGCUCCUCCAGCUACAACCACGAGACGGAGACCAUCUUCGCCCUGCCCCGCAUGCAGCUCGACUUCAAGUCCAUACACGUGCAGGACCCCGAGGAGCCAUCGCUCACUGACGUUGCCAGCAAGCCAAAGGUGGAGUGCAGUGUUGUGACCGAGUUCACCGAUCACAUCUGCGUUACCAUGGACGCGGAGCUCAUCAUGUUCCUGCAUGACCUGGUGUCAGCCUACCUGAAGGAGAAGGAGAAAGCCCUGUUUGCUCCGCGUAUCUCUGCGUCUCGGCCGGGCCAGAAGAGUCCCACGGUGUCGCAGGAUGAGAACUCUGGCGAUAAGGACAAGGACAAGGACAAGGAGGAGGGCAUCAACUACACCACCGUGGACUGGAGGGAGUUCCUCUGCAACACCUGGCACCUGGAGCCCACACUACGGCUGAUCUCGUGGACCGGCCGCAAGAUCGACCCGGUGGGGGUGGACUACAUCCUGCAGAAGCUGGGCUUCCACCACGCGCGCACCACCAUCCCCAAGUGGCUGCAGCGCGGCGUCAUGGACCCCCUGGACAAGGUGCUGUCCGUGCUCAUCAAGAAGCUGGGCACCGCCCUGCAGGACGAGAAGAAGAAGAAGGAGGACAAAGAGGAGCACUAGCCAGGGGGAAGAGGAAGAAUACUAGCUUGUGGAGAAGAGGAGGAGCACUGGCGAAUGGAGGACAAGAACGAGCAUUAGCGGACGCAGGAAAGAAGGAGGAGGAGGACGAGCAAUAGGGGACAAACUGAUUUAUAAACUAAAAAAAAAAGACAAUACUACAUGUACAGACUUAAAAAAGACAAACGUGCACACAUACAUACAUACACAUGCACAUAUUGUACAGAUUCAAUGAAAGACAAAGACACACACACACACAAAGCACAGGCACAUAUUCUCUCCUCAUGGACAUGAAUAGCCACUUGUGUCCGAAUCGAAACUGGAAAUACUUUGAUUAUUGUAUAUAUGAAUGAGCACUGGAAACAUACUUAACAUUACUACGAAUCAAAACGUAUUCAAUGUGUGCGCUGUAAUAAGAAAUGCUGUGGCUCAUACACACACACACACACACACACACACACACACACACACACACUCACAUAUUUAUAUGCACCCUUGUAUACACGCACAAACUGUUUCACACACAGCCAUGCACACACUACCGCUUCUACUACUACUCCUACUACUGCACCCAGUGAGUGUGAUCUAUUGUUUACGUGGUGCAUGUAAUCAUUGCACAGCUUCUGAGUGAAAAAAGUUUUUUUGGUUCAGUCAGUAGUUGCUUUACUUUUGAUUUUAUUUUUCACUGUACUGUAUGUUCAGGUCAAGGGGAAGAAACUAUGAUAAUGCGCUGCUUGAGAAGAAGAGGGAGGGUCUUUAACGUAAAUUACGCAUCUGCAACAUACAUUAUUUUAAAACCACAGCAGAGAACAAACGUCACAAUAAAUUGAGUCACCACAUGUUAUCCUGCAAUCACAGCAAGAACAAAUGUCAUAAAAAAAAUGAUAGUGGUAUUGCAUACCUUAUCCUAAAACCACAGUAAGAACAAAAUGUCACAAUAUGUGACACUGCCAGCUUUUUCCAUCAUCACCAUUCAGACAAGAGCCAAGCACAGCUGCUACUGGUUGCAUGUCUCUAGUGCCUCAGUUUGAGUUUCCAGCGAUCUUUGUGUUCACUUGGACAGCUUAUUCAGUGAUUCAUUCAUUCAUUAAAAAAUGGAUUAUAAUUUAAGUUAAAUAGUUUUUAUUAGCGCUUUAAUUUAUUGAGGAAGAUUGCAUGUAGUUCAUGUGUUGCUACUACCUAUGGUGUCCACAGCUGAAGGCUGGUUAGUCAUCACAGUGGCAGACUGCAGCAGUCUGACUCAUUGCAGGUUCUUUUAGCCCGUUUACUUUUUACUGCUACAUGUUGCAUUUACAUCUCUAGAAUGAGUUCUCUAAAAAACAAAAACAAAAGGCAUUCCAUGUGUCCAACCCCCUCUACUCUUUGAUUUUUUUUUUUUUUUUUUUUUCGGGAGAUAAUACUAGUUGGACAGGAAUGUGUAUUAUACUGAGUAUCUUAAACGAUUGAUUGUGUGAUUUGAUUUUAAAACAUUUUUAACAUUUUAAAUGUGUGUACAGUGUAACCCCAAUGUUACACCCAUGAUGUAUUUUGUGUUUUUCUCUUUUUAAACGUGCAAUAGACCAAUGUGUACAUAUAAGCUGUGAAAGCGUCAAUGUGAAUAUGUGCCGACUUCGAAAUAAAUCAUUGCCAUCGUGAUUUGACAAGGAA